CCCACCAUAACGAACCUCCGAGCAAAUUACCAAUCGUCUUCUCUCAACCCACAGCCAUGACUCUCUCCACCGCUUUCAUAGCUCUCCUAGUCUCGAUCCUCCUCGCCACCGUCGCAGCACCACCGCCGCCCCAUCCAGACUGCGUGGCGGAGCUAGUGGCGUUCUCGCCUUGCCUGCCGUACGUGUCCGCUUCGCCAAACAACUUCAUGGCCACCGUGCCUCUGCAGUGCUGCGAUGCGAUAUCCUCAGCGUUCAACUCCACCGGAGAUUACUGCUUCUUCUUCCUUCUCCGUCAGCCGGUAAUCUUCGGCUUCCCUUUGAACGUUUCCAGAGUCCUUUCACUGUCGCCGGUUUGCUCUGUCAGGACUGGCUAUUCUCCGGAGCCGACCAGCCAUUCAGGGGCACAAGAGCUGUCGCCUCUUCCCGGAAGCACCAAUGCGGAGACCUCCAAACCUUCAGAUUCCCGGGCACAAGAGCUGUCGCCGCUUCCUGGAAGCACCAACCCAGAGACCUCCAAACCUUCAGAUACCCGGGCACAAGAGCUGUCGCCUGUCUCCGGAAUCACCAAUCCAGAGACUUCCAAACCAUCAGAUUCCCUUGCAGAUAAUGCUUCAUCUCCAGUGUCUAUCACUAUACCAAAUCCCUUUAUUUCACUACCCAACCACACAGAGAGACCACCAACACCAUUGAUAUCAUCAGGCAAUGUUUCAUUUGCAACGACUCAGAUCAAAAGUUGUGCUUGGUAUGCACCUGCAGUACUGAUUCUCCUUAGGUACAUUCAUAUGUAGUCUUACAAUAAUAAAGAUUCUACCAUUCA